GAGAACAAAAAAAAAAAAAAAAAUUUCCCCUCUGCCCCUUUGGUCCUCUCUGCUCUGUCCUUCCAUCCUUUUUCAAUUUUGCUCUCUCCGUCUCCUAAUUCGUUUUCUAACAGCCUCUUUGUCGAAUUAAUCAUGUAUACGGCAAUGACACCAUACUACAUUCAUGUCCUCUCUACACUAGCACUCUCCGAAAGUUUCUCAAGCCCUAAUCCGUGCUCUUUCAUAUAGUUCUUCACGGUCGCGCUCACUCUCACGCCCUGUCCUGCCUGCCGGUGCUCUCUCAGUUGGGAGAUGGCCAAUGAUACUAGAUCUAGUCGCAAGGCCAAGGAUGAUGAAAACAGUAAUUCUAAUGGGGUUUCUGGUGCUGAAACACCGAGUACAUCUGGUACGAGAAGGUCAGUUAGAGAAACACCAUCAAAGAAAAGUACUACUGCAAGCCCUUCAAGUACUCGGAAGUCAAAGCGAAUUGGGAAGCGGACUUCAACUCCUCCUUCUAGGAGAAUUUCAGGGAGAGUUGAGAAGCAAAGUACACCAAGUCCCCUGCGAAGGUCUGAGCGGGCUAAGCAGCAUUCAUCUUCUAGUUCUUCUGGGUCAAAGAAGUCAACUAAAGCCUCUAGCUUAUCAGUUAUGAAGAAAAAACUAAAAAAGGAGAAGAGUGUGAAACGGUUGACACUUGAAACGAAAGAAGUUAGCAAAAGCAAGGAACAUGAUAUCCAACGUGUUCAGGUGGGGAAAAAGAGAUUGGAUGCUCGUGCUUAUAGGGCAUUAUUCAAACAGCAACAAAACAAAGUUACUGUGGCAGGUAAUUGCAAGGAGCUGAAAAAGGAGGACAAGUUAUCUCAUGACAGUAGCAACCAUCAAGCUGGUGCUUCCAAGAAUUUUGGUAGCCGCAGCAAUAAAUGCAGCCAAAUGAAGGUGCAGGAGUUAAGAGAAGCCUUUGCUGGGAGAGAUUUCAAAAGAGCUUUGGAAGAAUCAAAUUGUAGCAUAGGCACACCUGCCAAUGAAGUAUUGGAAAAUAACAUUGGACUUGAGCCUUUACACUUAAGCCAGAAUCAAAGGCUUGAGGGGGAAGCUUAUCAGUCUGAAGUUGGAGAUGCUAUGAAAGCUUCUAAGGGAGAUGAUUGUGCCCUGUAUUCCUGUCACAAAACAAUGCCCAAAAUGCUUGAUGGCAUUGCUGAAAAGGCAAAUAAAGAGUUGCAACCUGAGUUGGUAAAUCCUAUGUUGAAUAAUGAGCCAUCGGGUAGUGAAAUUGGAUUGGAGAGUGGUUACAAGGACACACCUUUAAAAAGGAAAAGAAACACACUUGACUUGGAUUCUGAUGAUGUUGCAAUGGCUUCAAGCAAAGCCUCUGUUGCUGAUAUUUCUUCUCCAGACACAAAUAAUUUUGCAGAGACAUGUGCUACAUGUUUUAAGAGGCAAAGGGUUGGCCUUUAUUCAAAACAGCAAGACAUAUGUUCUUGCGACACAAAUUUAAACCAGGAUAUUUGUGGUAGCUCUUUUGUAGAGGAUAGAAGGAAAAUUGGACCUGGUGUUACCACAGGAUAUGCUGCAGAAUGCAUUACCAAUUUCCAAUUUAAAGGGUCUGAUCUAGAUUUUCAACCAGAUGGCAAUCUAAAUACAUGUCUCAUUUGCAAGCUUGGUGGAACGUUAUUGUGUUGUGAUGGAAAGGGGUGUAAAAGAAGCUACCAUGUUUCUUGUCUCGAUCCUCCUUUAAAAGCUGUUCCUGUUGGAGUUUGGUAUUGUCUUGCUUGUGGAAGGAAGAAGAUAAAAUCAGGUGUACAUUCUGUUUCAGAGGGAAUAGAGUCAAUAUGGGAUUAUAAAGACGUGGAGGCAUCGGAUGGAAGUGGAUUGCUAAAGAAGCAAUAUUUUGUUAAAUACAAAGGUCUUGCUCAUGUUCACAAUCAUUGGGUACCAGAAUGUCAACUGCUUGUUGAAGCUCCUUCACUUGUUUCAAAAUUCAACCGAAAAAAACAGGUCACAAAAUGGAAGCAGGAGUGGAAUGAACCUCGUCGUUUACUGCAAAAACGUUCGGUAAUCUAUCCUAGGGAACAUGAUGAGACUUACAAGGAGCAUGCUAAAGAUAUCUCAGAAUGUCAUAAUGAGUGGCUUGUAAAAUGGCGUGGUCUUGAUUAUGAUCUUGCAACAUGGGAGUUGGAAGAUGCUUCCUUUAUGAGUUUGGCAAAUAUUCAGAGCCUAAUGAGAGAUUAUGAAAACCGCCAUGAGAAAGCAAAGAGACACAGUUUGUCUGGAGUAAAUAAGAAACUUGAGAGAAAAGAAGAUUCGUCAGUCCAAUCAAUGAAGUUAUCAGCUGGAGAUUUGGCUGGAUGUGAUAAUAAUCAUCUGGACAUUAUCAACAAUAUUUGUGAACAUUGCGACAAGGGGCAGAAUGGUGUUAUUAUUGAUGAUCAGGAACGAAUAAUGAAUGUGGUUUCAUUUAUUUCCUCUGUGUCAUCCAACGUCGGCCGGCCUUUCAUGAUUAUCACAACUCCUAUUGCACUGCACUUGUGGGAUGAAGAGUUCUUUCAAUUGGCUCCAUCUGUUGAUUCAGUGGUUUACCAUGGAAACAAAGAUGUGCGAAAAAGUAUUAGGGCAGUGGAGUUUUAUGGAGAUGAAGGCGGCAUAAUGUUUGAAGUGCUUAUAACAUCUCCAGAAGUUCUUGCAGAGGAUCUCAAUGUGCUUGAAUCAAUAAAAUGGCAAGCAGUUAUAGUUGAUGAGUGCCAACGCUCUAGAAUAUAUUCACAUUUUCAACAAGUUAAAAGUUUAAAUGCUGAUAUGAGGCUUCUCCUUGUCAAUGGUCAACUUAAGGACGUUGUGAUUGAGCAUUUGCUGUGUGUGCUUGAUUCCCAAAGUGAUGAAAAUCGCAGCGAGUGUUUGUUAACUAAUUCCAACCAUAGGAGUGGUAAUUUGAAGGAGAGACUGUCAAAGUAUAUUAUCAAUGUCUCCAAGUCAGACUCCUUGAGAUUUGUAGAGUAUUGGGUUCCUGUACAGAUAUCCAAUAUACAGCUUGAGCAGUAUUGUUGUACUCUACUUUCAAAUCAUUUGCCUCUUUUUUCAUCCUCAAAGAAUGAUCCUGUUGGCACGCUUCGUGAUAUUCUUAUCUCUAUUCGGAAGAGCUGUGAUCAUCCCUACAUAGUGGAUCCACUGCUGCAAACUUCAUUGAUUUUAGAUGUUGGAAUUAAAGCAAGUGGCAAGUUACAACUUCUUGAUGCAAUGCUUCUUGAGAUAAGAAAUAGAGGUUUAAGAGUGAUUAUUCUUUUCCAGUCUAGUGUUGGUUCUGGGAGGGAUAAUAUUGGAGAUAUUUUGGAGGACUUUGUGCGUCAAAGAUUUGGUCAGGAUUGUUAUGAACGUGUUGAUGGAUUGGUCAUACCUACAAGAAAGCAAGCUGCUGUAAACAACUUCAAUAGCCAGAAAGGGAGAUUUGUGUUUUUAUUAGAAAACCGUGCUUGUUUUUCUAGAAUCAAACUGUCAUCAGUUGAUACUGUUAUCAUAUUUAGUAGUGAUUGGAGCCCAGCAAAUGAUUUAAGGAACUUGCAAAAGAUAACACUUGAUACGCAGCUUGAGCAGUUGAAAAUAUUUCGUCUGUAUUCCUGUUUUACUGUGGAGGAGAAUGUUCUGAUCCUUGCAAAGCAAGAUAAGACCCUUGAUAGUAAGUUGCAGAGCAUAAGCCGGGCCACUAGUCAGACACUGCUUAUGUGGGGAGCUUCACAUCUAUUCAGUCAAUUGGAUGAUCUUCAUAGUGGUUCUAGUACCUCAGUCACCAGUGGAGGUCCCUUGUUUGGGCGGUUGCUUCUCAAAGAUAUUAUUCAGGAGUUCUUGACCGUUCUAUCUCAGGAUGCUAAAGAAAAAAUUACAUGCAAUUCAUCUAUAGUUUUGAAAGUUAAACAGAAUCAAGGACGUUAUAGUACUGAUUUUCCUUUGCCUGGUGAACAGAAAAUUCAAUCUAGGGAUGAAGAGCUACCCCACAUAUUCUGGAGAAAACUGUUAGAGGGAAAAGAACCACACUGGAAAUAUUUAUCUGGUUUACCUCAAAGGAACCGUAAAAGGUUUCAACAGGUUGAUGAUUUACCCAAGAAACCAGAAGGUGAGGUCCAUGAAGUAGUGAAGAAGCGCAAAAAAGCAGCCAACAAUGACAUUGAUCCAACCUCUCUCAAACCUUCCAUAUGUGAAGGAAACAAAGUUGCUGGGGACAGUGAAGGGAUUUUGGGAGCUCCAUUACAUAAUUUUCAUGGAUCAAUGUCUGAUUUACCCAAGAAACCAGAAGGUGAGGUCCAUGAAGUAGUGAAGAAGCGCAAAAAAGCAGCCAACAAUGACAUUGAUCCAACCUCUCUCAAACCUUCCAUAUGUGAAGGAAACAAAGUUGCUGGGGACAGUGAAGGGAUUUUGGGAGCUCCAUUACAUAAUAUGCAUGGAUCAAUGUCUGGAUCAACUGGUCAUCUUAAUAAACGUCAUGCCAACCAUGAUUCAUCUACUCCAAAUUUGGCUAGUAAUUUGUCAGAAGUAUCAACAGUUAACCUGGCUGAAUUUAAUGAAAAAGUUAAUUUGCAUGAUUCACAGAAAAGUUUACAAAAGAGUCUCCACCUUCUUUUGAAGCCAGAGAUAGCAAAACUUUGUGAAAUUCUACAACUCCCGGAAGAUGUCAAGGCCAUGGUUCAUAGUUUCCUUGAAUAUGUAAUGAGUAAUCAUCAUGUUAGCAGAGAACCAGAAACCAUUCUGCAAGCAUUUCAGAUAUCCCUGUGCUGGACUGCAGCUUCUCUACUUAAGCACAAACUUGAUCACAAAGAAUCGCUUGUUCUAGCAAGACAGCAUUUAAAAUUCAGCUGCAAGAAAGAAGAAGCAGAUUAUGUGUAUUCAAUGUUGCGGUGUUUGAAGAAAAUGUUUUUAUGUCGUACAGGGAAUUCUACACCAGAAUGCUCUGCUAAUACUUCUGAAUUAACUAACCAUUCACAUCCAACAUCUGCACAGCCAACACCAUCUACACCACGAAAGAUGAAAGUAGGAUUUGGAAACCUGUUGCAUGGUCAAGAAUUAUCUGAUGAUCAGGUACUUUCCCAGCUUGGAUUGGCAUGGCAAGAUUUUUCAAAAAGUAUCAAGGAUAUUGAAAAAAAAUGUGAUAAACAGAUGAGGAAGCUCUUACUGAAGCAAAAGCAAGAAUUGGAGGAAUAUGACAGAAAGUACAAGGAAGAUAAGGCACAACUUAAGAAUUCUGAAAAAACAGAUGCAGCUGUUAUUCGUUUGCUUAGUAAUAGUUCCACAGGUACAGAUCAACUUAAGUUACUGGACAUUGAAUACAAAAAGAAGUUUGAAGAACUUGAGCGCAAGAUGGUGAUACAUCGAAAAAAUCUUGAGGAUGUACAGCUGGCUGCAAGGGAGAAACUGGAAGAGAGAAAAGCUUGUUGGGUGGAAGGAGUGAAAUCCUGGGCAAAGGUGGAAUUAAUAAAUAAGCCGCCUUCUAAUGAAACAGGACCUAAUCAAGAAAAUGAUUUCUCUUUGAAUUCUCAUUUGAAAGAACAGAAUCCUGAAGGUAACCAAAGCAUGCAAGAUGGGGUGGUUCUGCUGGAAGUUCCUGAAACUGUUAUUUCAAAUGACAAUGAGAUGCUCUCUGGGGGACCGUGUAGAAAUGAGCAGAUUCCUUUUCUGGUUAAUACAGACAUGCUUGACGGAGAGUCUCCGUUGAGAGUUUCAAGGGCUAUAUGCUUGAGGAGUGGAUCAGAAAAUGUCAACUCUGCAAAUGUGUGUUCAUCUGAAGAACAAAUGCAAGCUUCUAAUGGAGCUUCAUUGAUUGUGUCUUCUAGAAAGCUUCCGAUGGAAGUGCCUGAGAAUGUCAGUUCUUCGGGCAGCCUGGAGAACAUGAGAGUGCCUGAAAUUGCUUCUAGUUUGACCAUUGGUGCUGUCAACACUGCUUCUAGAGAGAAAGAUGAAGUUCACGCUGAGCGCACUGAUAAUUCUACUGAAAUUGAUCAGCAGGAUGGAGUGGUUUGUAUUGUUAAUCAAGAUCUUUACCCUAAUACGACUGCUAGAGACCAACAUAACAGAAAAGUUUCAUCAGGAGUGCCAGAAAAUGCUUCAAGUAUAGUGGGUGAUAAAACUGGUAAGCAGCAGGAUGGGGAGUCGGUAGUUCCUGAAACUUCUCUAGGUGCAACAGGCGAGGAUGGACAGGUUCUAGCUAAUGGUACUGUUGCUAAUCAACACUCUCAUUCAAUGGAUAAAACUGCUGGAGUGAAUCAGCAGGAUUUGGAGCUUCCAUCAAGAGUGAUUGAAAAUGCUUCUGGUGAAGUAGUGGAAGGUGCAGGUACUGGAAGGGAGAGCAAUGGUGUUUGUUUCAUGGCCUCUUCCUCCAGUACAAUAGUAGAUCUUCAGGCUGGAGUGAUUGCAUCACAGUUAAAAAAUGUUCCAGAAUUGGUGGUGGGUGGUAGUAGUGGAACAGAGGUUGAUGGAGUUUGUGAUGUGGUGGCCUCUUCUAAUAGUAGUGGAGUUGAUCAGCAGGACGGAGUGGUUCCUGUCAUUAAUGAAGGCAAUCAUCCCCAAGAACUGCAUUUGCUAAAUUCACCUGCUAUCCAGCCUGAACCUUCCUUGGUUCAAGAUUUUCCAGUGCCAUUAAAUCAGGCACUUCAAGAAGAAUGUCCUAUUCCAACAGUAUCCACUGGGUUGCAAGAUGGAGUUACACCAAGGAGUGGGAAUAAUUCUUUGCAACAAGUUGAGGCUUUGUUACCUAAUCCGGAUGAUGUUGCAGUUUCAAAUCAAACUAAUAGUGAUGCAGCAGUCGAAGAGAAUUUGCAGGAAAUGCAGUUGUCACCGUCCACAGAUUCUGCUCUUUGUCUUGAUGCCGCGGAGUUUCCUGUAGUUAGUGGGAUCGAACAUCAACCAGUCCGUGAACUUCAUGUCACUGCAAACAUGGGUGAUUCAACACAAAUAGUAGUGGACCAUGGGGAAUGCUCAAAUGAAGCUGUUUUGCAGCAUGCAACACAGCUUGCACAUCAUCUGCUGAGUGGAUCAGGGAUGCAUGUUUCAGACACAAGGACUGUUCCCAUUUCUUCAGGGGUUAAUAAUCGUACCGUACAAACUGUACCUCCUGCCCAAAAUAUACCCCUUCUACCUUCGGAUUGUGAUCCACUACAAAUUGAGAUGGAGAGAAUAUGCAAAGAAAGAGAACAGAUUAUCAGUACUCACGAGGACACGAAGGUGCGGCUGAAAUCUGAUUGUGAAAAGGAGAUAGAGGAAAUUAUUGCUCAAAUUCGUAGAAAGUAUGAGAUUAAACUUCAGGAGGUGGAAUCUGAAUUCACCCUUAAGAAAAAUGAACUGGAUACAAUUCAUCACAAAGUUCUUAUGAACAAGAUAUUGGCUGAUGCAUUCAGAUCUAAAUGUAUGGAUGAUAGGCCAUCUAGUGCACCUGGUAUGCAGCAAGAGGUGGCCUCAAGUUUCAGGCAACAGCUGCUUCAGCUAUCGUUGCAGCCAACUCUGCAGAGGAAUGCCAAUUUUACCGGUCUAUCUUCAGCUAUUCCGCCUACAGGUGGCCCACAGAUUGCUGCAUCCUGCUCACACAAUGCAGCUCCGUCUCUGCAGGUUGUUCAUCAUUCCUCAGCACUUUUCACAGGUGCCCUAACUAGACCACCUCUAAUUAGCUCCAUCUCCCCUCCCCCUGGCAAUCUCCAAAUUAGCAGCGAGAUUCGAGCUCCUGCCCCACACCUUCAACCUUUCAGACCUUCAGCAUCCGCAGUUGCAACAAAUCUUUCCUCUCUUUCAGUUGGGAUGCCUGGUCAACAUAUACCCAGUCAUCACCCUACAACCUCUGCCACAUCCUCCCAACUUCCAUUGCGACCACAGUCAUCUGCACAGCAAUCUCGUCCUCAUAAUUUUAUACAGAGACAUGAAACUGCAGGAACUUUGCCAGCUCUCUCUAGUUCAUCUCUAUCUGCACUUGAGUUGCUUAUGGAUGUAGAUAAUCAAACAAGUAGAAAUUCACCCUAUGGUUUGCACCGGCACACGGAUUUGGGUCCUAACUCAGACAUUCCGGUCCCAACUGAGCUUAGGCUGCCAAACGGUAAGAGGACAAAUGUGGCAUGUCCAACUGAGGUUGUUUGUCUGUCAGAUGAUGAUUGACAUGUACUGAUAUGUUUAUGUCUUUGAUUUUAUACCGAUCAUGGGGAUCCUUUGAGUUUCAGUUUGCGGGGCGCAUUUUUGGAGGUCUGCACUUUCAUGCAUUUAGGGAGAGUUCCCUUGAUGUGCUGACCUGUGCAGAAUUUCUGGCUGUUCAGUUCUUUGUGUAUAUUAAUUAAGCUCAUUUUUCAUAAUGUAGUUUUCUUGCAUAUUAUAUUCAUUUCCCUGGAUUUUGCGCGGAAGUCAUUGCAGUAUAAACGGUUUUAUUCCAUUUGUUCAAAUAUAGUUAUUUGUUACUGAUUUUGCAUCGGUAAUAUAAAAA